AUGCAGCACUACGUCUUGGACUUCCAGUACUCUGGGGUGAAAGCUCAACUGGCCGUUUCCCAUAGGCGGCGGUCUCCAAAGUAUAUCGAACGGUUCGUCAGGGAAGACCUUGUAAAGCUCGGCAUCCCUCGCGAACCUGGGGCUCGCACCACCAGUUCCUGGCUAGGCUCUGUCCCAGCGAUACGGUGCGCAUGGAAUAUCGAGCAUCGCGGAGACGCCUCGGACGCUCUGCGCGCGGCGAUCGACGCGCUCUUGCCCGCUCGCGUCAACGCGCAGACGAAGAACGAACGCAAGGCGUUCAAACGCCAACUGCUCGAAAUGAACAUCUCCCAGAUUGUCGCCGAGAUCACUGACACAGAGCCGGCGUCGCAAGCCGUUCCAACCCCAGCUCAGCCCUCUGGAGCGUCGAAGCGCGCUCGCUCGCCCACUAAUGGCGGUGGCACUGCGAACCAGGCGAAACGACUACGGCAGCAAGCUUCCACGUCCAGCACACAAACAUCCGCACCGGCUACGCAACCGACUGCAGAUGCUGGGACUCGUCUCGACGUCAAUCCUCCUGCAAGAGGCUCUACUGACACGAACACUCGUCCUGACACUGGGUCCUCGCAGAAUGUAACUGGUGUUGCCGGACCUGCUUGCGCUGCUGGGGCUUCUGACACUGGGACGGCUGGAACUGCUGCUCGCGCUGUGCUCCUGGACAUCUCGAACGGGGCCGACGUGGAUGAAGUAGCGGUGAAGCAAGAAGUCCCGGAUGACGCCGAGGCUCUCUGGGGUGCCGACGCCGGCACCGCGAACGUGAACGUCCCGCCCGGCGAUCGCAACGGAGUCGAGCCCAGUAUUGUGGGCAGUAUUGUGGGCAGUCUGAAGCCGGCUCUGGACGAGGCGGCCGCUGCAGCAGACGCGCGCCUGGAGGAACUCCAGCGCGAUCUCGAGGACCGCCGGGAUGAGACGGCGUGGGUGAGUGACCGGCUCACUCAGCGCGAAGCCCGGCUGCGAGCGAGCGAGGCGGCGCUCCGCGAGCAAGAGAGGGAGAUGGCGGCAGAUGCGGCGCGGACGGACGCGGCGCUGACACGCGCUGAGGGCCAGUUGUACGAGGCGAGGACAAGGCUGAGUGCCCCGGAUACCCAGCUGGCGGAGACAGCCACCCAGGUAGCGGAGGCGGAGGCGAAGCUGGCCCACGCCGAGACCCAGGCCGUCAGGGGGCAGAUGCGGCUGGCCGAGGUGACCACAGCGAGGGAUCGGCUCGCGCAGGAGGUGGCGGCCCUUCAGGCGGACCUUCAAGCUGUGCAGGAGAGGAAGCCGAGCGAAGCCGAACAGCAAGUUACGCAGGACACGAUUACUUCGUUGCGAGUUGAAUUGGACGCGCUGCGACCGGAGGCGGAGGCGAUACACGCAGUCGCUAUUCUGACUGAAGAGGGCCGCCGCCGCUCAACGCUCAAGCGGCAAGCCGUGGUCGACAGACGACAGGCCGUGGAGUUGAAAGCUCAGAACUUUGGCAAGAAGGUUGUCCGGACACAGCUGGAUCUGCUAGGCGACAUUUCUGUGCUUCGCGAGCGGGUCGAGAUGUUCACGCAGCAGCUAGAGGGCGAGCGCGCUGCGCACAGGGAAUCCUCUGGUCCGUCGUUACUGUACGACGGUCGCGGCCGCGAUGGCCUACUUACCACUAUGUUCCCUAUGCAGCGGUGA